UUCAAUAUCUCUCUCAGUAAGUCAAAAAAGCCCUUGCUCACGACGAAAUCCCUAAGGCAAAUACACUGAUGAAAAAGUUUCUUUCCCAUGACCUGGGCUCUUUGUUUUGAACGUUUGCAAGCCAUGCUCACUAAACAUAGCUUGCUAACUGUUUCCUUGACUACGCAUCGCUUAGCUACACACUUUGAUCCGUUACACAAGUGAAAAAAAGACUUGCGUGAUUUUCACAUCUAAAACCCAAAGUGUAGCCAGCUUUAAAACGCAAGUCAACUACAAGACCAGUCACAUUCUUUAUGAAGCGCAUAUAUGAAAAUUCCACAAGGUUAACACAUGCGCGCGCAUGGUGCCUUGGAGGAAGGAUAGGUCACCAAAAAUAAGAAAACACACCAUUAAAUUGUGUCAUUUAGGACAGCCCGUUUUGAAAUGUAACAACUUACCUAAGUGUUGCAGUUACCAAUCCAAAGGGACUAGUCCUACUUUUUAACCGCGCUACACCUGACUCGACAUCAUUUACCGCCCAUCGUGGUCUGAAUAUGCUGGAAAACAUGAUCUUAUAUAAAUCAGUUUUCAUACACACAUAGUUAUCAGAAACCAUCAUAAUGGUCGAAAGUCGUGCCAGAUGUGAGCUGGAGCUGGAACGCCAAACAUUGCGCGCGCUGUCGUCUUCCCCUAAAAAAUUCUCGCACAACUGUGUCGAGUUCUGUGCUUGGACGCGUGCCCCGCCCCCGAUGCCCCAGUCAACAAAGGCGUCUGUGCAAAGCUCACUGAAGUAUGCGCCAGCUUUACAGGACAAUCGAAUGGCUACCUAUCCUUCAACUGUUUGCAACUGUUGGGGCGUUUUCCCCUCUUGGUUGCGUGCAUCUACUUGUGGUCUCCAUAACCUAUUGGCUUGUUUUUGUGGUGAAGGCUUUCCCCAAUACUUUGUAAUGCCUGAAGUGAAUGAAAGCAACAGGUGCAUUAAUUAGGUGAAUUAAUUAAUUAAAAUGGAAUAAUACAUAAGAAUUAAAUGAAUUUCACUCACCAACUAUUCUACGAACCGUACAACAUUUGGAGUUGUAUUGCUUUGUCUUCCCCUAAUGGGGUGACGACAACGCAUUGUUGCUAAAUGAAGAUGCGCUAACAGCCCUCUUGGUUUGGUAAACAACCAAGCAGUUUAACGUCAAACUGAUGACUCCAGUGACAGUCCACAGAUGGGAUAACCACGUGUGAGACGGUUCAUGCGUGGGAACUAUCAUAUAGGUUUCUGAAAUACAUUUACAAUACAUCUGGAGUGAAACGACAUGGAACUAAAACGUUGUUUGGAAUGAAUUUUAAAAAAAGUCAUUAAGUUGGAUAUUAAAAAUACGAACACAUUGUUUAUAGGGGGAAGCACACAGACACAAAAUCAACUGGCAAACAGAAAGGCAUGGCGCUUUAAAAUAGCUCCCGCACUCUUUGGGGUAUUUGCGCCACGGAGCACAGUUGUUGCGUAGACAGCAGGUGCUCCCGGCGGGUGAUUUACGCCGCUCGUGCAGGAACCCUGUCAGAAAUCUCACUCAUCCCAAAGUUGCCAUGGGGGAAGGAAAAACGGGUGGCAACGGACAGUUGUGUCACCAGUGCAGGAUUGACCCAUCCCGUGUCGUGUGCGGUCGGUGUGCGCGUACAGGAGCACGCUAGUUGAGAGCGCAGGACUUUUUGGCAAAGCAAUGUAAAAGGAGGUUUAAUACUGUGCCACCCAUAAGGAGACACACCAUGGACACCAUGUUGGAAUCCACAUGAUAUACAGAUUGGAGUACAUGUCAAAGAUAGCAGGGGAGCUGCAUCCAGUGAUAAAGUGUUUGGGUCGGUCGUGUGAGGUGUCUACUGGCAGCCGGGCGAGGCUGCGUCUGUAUGGAAGGGGAUGGGGGCGCUGGGAAGCAGUAGCUACAUCAUAGAGCUCCCAUGGAAGCACAGUGUCCUGUUAGCGCUGCUACUGUCACACCUGUGCUGCUUACAAGUAUGGGCGCAGUGCAAAAUCCUCAAGUGCAACUCGGAGUUCGUGGCGGCCACAUUGGAUCUGGGUGGUGGCGUGGGCAUCGGCGGCGGCGGCGGUAGCCAAUACAACGCAGGCUACUGCAGCGCCCUGCGCUCCUACGCCCAGUGCACCCGGCGGACGGCGCGCGCCUGCCGCGGAGACCUGGCAUACCACUCGGCCGUGCAGGGCAUCGAGGACCUGCUCAUGCAGCACGGCUGCCCCAAGACGGGCCCCACGGCGCGGCCCCCGCGUCUGCCCAUGGCCCCGGUGCCCCCCAGGGACGCCUGUUUCUACGAGCGCAGCUACGUGCAGCGCGAGGGCCGCUCGCCCGAGUACCUGCACUGCGCCGUGUUCGGGGACCCGCACGUGCGCACCUUCCACGACGAGUUCCAGACGUGCGCGGUGAAGGGUGCCUGGCCGCUGAUCGACAGCCAGUACCUGUCUGUGCAGGCCACCAGCGCACCUAUGCCGGGGGGAGCGAGCGCCACCGCGCUUACGGAGAUCACCAUCAUCUUCAAGAACUGGCGCGAGUGCAUCGAGCAGCAGAUCUACCACGCGGAGCUGGACAACGUGCCGCCGGCGUUCGUGGACGGCUCCGUGGCCAGCGGCGAGCGGCGCGGCCACCACAGCCUGCGGGUCAGCACCGAGGCGCCGGGACGCCACGCCCACAUCAACGCCACGCACAUCGGCACGAGCGUGGUGGUGCGUCAGAGCGGCCGCUCGCUCAGCGUGUCCGUGCGCGCCCCGCGGCCCAUCGUGGACUCCUUCAGCCCCGAGCAGGACCUGCAGCUGUGCCGGUGGGGUUGCCCCGCCAACCAGCGUUUGGAGCACCCGCCGCCACAGCCGGGCACCGCCGCCUACGCCCACUGCUCCGCCAUGCUGCCGGCCAAGGACAUGUACUUCCAGGCCUGCCUGUUUGACCUGGUGACCACGGGGGACGUCAACUUUAGCGCCUCGGCGCUGGUGGCGCUUCAGGACGCGCGGGGGAUGAUCGCCGACGGCAGCAGGCUGCAUUUGAUGUCGGCGUCCCCGGCGGCGCCGUCGCCUGCGCUCGGACACCCGUGGCGGCCCGCGCACGCGCUCCUGGUGACGGCCCUCGCGCAUGUGCUCCUCGCGGCUUUUCUGGAGCAGGGUGUUUGACGUGGACGUGGAUAUACUGUACAGGGACUGUACAGCCUAUUGCUGGAAGGAGGCAGCUUUCUACAGCCAUCAUGCCAAAGAACCCUUUUUAAAUACUUUUUGAUCUUUUAUUCUUUUAUUUAUGAUAGGACAGUGAGAGACUUGACAGGAAACGAAUGGGCAGAGAGAGAUGGAGAAAGGUUCGGCAAAGGAUCCAGGCCGGAAUCAAACCCGGGUCACCGGCCCAGUGCCCUACCGUUAGAGCCACGGCGGGGCCCAAAAAACCCUUUUUAACUUAUGGAGCUGCUGAUUACAGAGAUUUAUAUAUUAUAGAGGUGUAUAGAGGUUUAUACUGUAAAUGCGAUAUUCACUGUGCAUAUUUAUUGUGUACCACACUGGAGGGUUUGUACUGUGAAGAUAGGGGCUAUUUUUUCAAAGUGAAGUGUCCUAUCCAUUUUUCAGGAUUUCGCCAAGGAGUAUGCAAUUAUUAAUUACACUUACGACUACGUAUUAUUGGACAUUCUUUGGUGAAAUCCGUGAAAAAUGAGCUUCUUGGUCAUAGCUAGGCUUGCACUCUUCACUUUGAGAAAUAGCCCUGUUUACUGUAUGUGCCAACUGGAUUGUGUGCUGGGUGUUGGUGUUGCUUCGGGAGCAAAGUGGAGGUUUGACCACAGCACCCCCAAAUGUCACCACACCAAGAAGACUACUGCGUUAGUUAGGGAAUAUGUUUAAAGCUGAAUAUUGCAUUACUGUUGAAAAACUAUGAAUUAGUAGGCAAACCCAGUUCAAUUAGUUGUAUAAUACACAGUAUUUUACACAGUAUAUGAAUUGAUUAAACUCCUUAGUAAAUAAAUGAAGUUUAGUCUACUAUAAGCAAUAGAGCAUAGAAUAUAAUAUUUCACAGAGUGUGGGUUUAAAAUUAGCUCGAAGUACUUUAAGUCAUCGACCAAGUCAGAGGAUUUUACUCUGGUGUUGCUGCUUACACCACCUCUGAGGUGAGGGGAAGCACAUUUCGCACCAAAUAGAAAAUAACCUUUAGUAUUUAUACAUUAAUUUAACAAAACCUUCAUGCUGGGACUAUAUUAGAGAAUGUGAAUAGGGCUCAGGCUUCUACGAAAUUCCGAAUUGAAUGAAUUUGAAUUCAAAGUAAUGCCAUAAUAUGAACACUGUUCUAUGUACUCUCAAUGGGUGGUGUAGCUUAAAUUCAAAGAAAUUCAAGGUAAUGACACCACCUAGUGUUCGUAUUAUGGCAUUACCUUGAAUUCAAAUUCAUUCAAUUCGGAAUUUCGUACAAGCCUGAUAGGGCUAUAGUAUAUCUAUAAUAGUGUGUAGCAUAGUGGGUUGACGAUAGAGACAUCUUUUACGAAACUCUUAACUUAUUUCUAUUUUUACCUUCUUCGUCAAUCCAGUGGAAAAAAUGUAAUUGUGGUACAAAGAACAUGACAUGCAUGCAUAAGAAAGAGAUGGACACAGUCUGGCACUGUUACCUCAACCAAAGAACUUGUGUUGCUUUUAUAUGAUGUUUUAUGUAUUGUGUUUUUUUAAUGAGAAAACACAAGGUACUUGUUGGUACUACGAACCUUUUCCCCAAAACUGUGGGACUGGCGAAAAAUAUUUGCAGUUAAAUUAAUAAAUUACUUUAUAUUUAUUGGGUACAAAUCUACGGGAAUGAAAUAUAUUGAAACAGUAUUACAGUAUGGUAACAAUGUUAUUGUUGCCUAUCUUGUUGGAGAACAUUUCUAGUGUUGAAAGGUCUAAACAACAAUAUAUUGUGUGUUGUAAGUAAGCUAAUAAAAAGAGAACAUACGUGUCAAA